GAGAGAUCGCCCGGGCCAACUGGAGAGAUAAUUCCAAAAAAAACAUAUCUGGAAAGAUCUAUAGAAGGAGAGGAAGUUGAGGCCGGUCCGGCUAGACCUUUUCUUCUAUCUCGGACGAUGUACCUGAGAUAACACCUGAACACCUCAAUCAGCUGACAACUGGGGCUGGUCCUAUUGUCAGCCUCUCUAGCUUUGCUCUUUUCCUUCCGUCCAUUUGACAUGAAAGAUAUCACUACGCGAGUCUGACUAUCUGACUACUUUAUUUUAUGUUGGGUUAAAUAUUGUGUGGAAUCCGCCAAUUCCACGGCCAAACGCUUCCGUCACUCAGUUUGGGGCCAUUGAGCCACUUCCUCGACCGAUUCUUUUCUUUUCUCUCAUCUUGAGUUUUCCUUCUCGCGUGAUACCCUUUUUGCUGGAUCUUUGUUGCUGCGGUCGAGUCGUUGUGGUCCGUUCCCUUCCCCUCCACUCCCCUCCCCAAUCGAUCGAUCUUCGUUUUCCACCAUUCCCGAAAGGCCCACAACUGCGGCCAUUCCUAUCCCUGUCAAGAACGGCAGCCUUGGAAUCAAACUUUCCACUCCUCCAACAUCCUCUCCUCCCUCCCACCCAAUCUCCCACCUUCUCUUCCCCCCGCCAUUUGACCCGGGGUGAGAGAACCUUCCUUCCGACCUCUGGUCAUGCACAAGAUUUCCAACUUCACGGGCCAGGCCCGUCAUGGAUGGGAACGAAUGACGCCGACCUUUGGGAUGUCCAGACCACACACCGACAUGACCUUUCGCCGGCCACACGGUGCGCCCCCCAUGACGCCGCCCACGAGCAUCGAUCCGACCGUCAACCUGUCCUUCAACGUCCCCUUCUCCUCCACGUUGGCUGGUCCCGACGUCGAGGACGUCCUCCACGCCAGUCCCAACGCCCUGCAGCGCUGGACUUUCCCCGAAGGCACCCCCGACGGCACCUUCGUCCACCAGCUGCCCGUACACACUAGCAAUGUCGAUGGUCUACGGAGGUUAUGCCGGCAAAUUACGGAAAGCAGCGGGGGUCGUAUUGAGGCCACCCUCACGUCCUCAGAGCCUAAGGCGGUGCCUUCGCUACAACGGCGGCCAAAUGGUUUGGUGACCAACGUUUGCGUGACCGGUGACGGGGAGACCGUACGGAAGAUGCGGGCCAAGAUCUUGAAUGAGACCCCGAUCAUGUUGCGAUGCGCGACCGUCGACGUGGAUAUGCACUUGAUUAUUGAUGGAUCCCCCAAGGGUAUUCGAGCGAGCGUGCUCGAGCACAUGGACACCUUGGCCGCCUACACCGGGACCGACAUUUUCCUGCUGACACCCAAGCUCCACGACGCCGACAGCGCAGUCGUCUCGUCUUACGGCUAUGCAUCUGAUAACGGGCUCGAACAGCGCUUCCGAGUCGCAAUCUACGGUGAUAUGGAGAGCUCGGAGCAUGCAAAGACGCGGGUUCUGAUCAUGAUCGAUCAAAUUCUGAAACGCCAUGUGGACGCCAUUAAACUGGAGCUGACCAUGCAUACCCUGGUCUGUGGGCGGACUCGCAAAAACAUCAAGCUUAUCGAAGCCGCCACCGGCACCGCCAUCUACUUUCCCCCUCCAUUCCCUCGGAUCUUCGGCUACACCCCUCCUGGCGCGAGCCGUCGAAGCGAAGAUGAAGUCUAUAUCACGGGAGACACGCCGGAGCAGAUUGCUCGCGCGAAGCAAAAGUUGCGGGAACUGGUCUUGGGUGUGAAAAUCUACGUCAAGGAUGUCGUUGUCAAUUCGAGCAAGAUCGACAAUAUCCUGCUCGAUCGUUUGGAUAAGGUCCGCAAAGUGAUGGAAAUGAACGGAUCCUACGUUCUCUUCCCACAGUUGGGCAGCCAGCGGGGCCUUGUCCGCAUUCAGGGCACUGAGGUCCUGCACGUCGAGCGGACCGUCCGGGAAAUUAUGGCUCUGGCCGGUCAAUUCUACAGCGCCUCUUGGUGGAUCCUCAUGCCCGAUCCCGCUCAAGGUGGCAUUCGCGCUCCUUCCACGGCCGACAUCCGUUCGAUGCUAUCGGACAUCUGCACCAACUCCGAGGCCGAGGUCAGCUUUGAUAACCUGACAUUCACCAUCAAUGGAUCCGAUGAUGCGGUUAAGGCUGCUAUGACCGUCGUGAAUCAGAUUCCUUUCGUCACUCGCAGCCAAUACCAGAUGCGAGUCAAGAUCGAGCUCGCCAACGAGCACAAGGAGUUUGUCAGUGGCAAGAAGAACGGCAAGAUCAACAAGAUCAUGGGUCAGAGCAACGUUCAAAUUAUCUUUGACGGCUUCAACGAGUACAACUUCUAUAUCGACGUGUGCGGCAACCAGUACGACUCUACCAAGAACGGACUGGAUCUUGUUGAACAAGAGAUGCCCGCCUCCAUCUCAUUCCAUGUUCCGGACCAAUACCACAAGCGGAUUAUCGGCAUUGGUGGACAGCACAUCCAGCGGAUCAUGAAGAAGUACUCCGUGUUUGUCAAGUUCUCCAAUGCCAUGGACCGCGGUGGGAUGGGCAAGGAAGACGACGACAUCAAGGUUGACAAUGUCAUCUGUCGGACCCCGGCCCGCAAUGCCCAGAGCUUGGACCUUGUGAAGCAGGAGAUUAUGGAUAUGGUCGAGAAGGUUGACGCCGAGUAUGUCUCCGAGCGAGUCGUCAUCAACCGUCUCUAUCAUCGUGAGCUGUUGGCUCGCAUGACCGAGAUUGACGAGCUGGAGAAGAAAUGGAACUGCAAGAUCGAGUUCCCCAGCACCGAGCUUGCCAGUGAUGUUGUGACCAUCUCCGGUCCGGAGUACCAGGUGCCCCAGGCUGUUGAUGCUCUCCUAGGCAUGGUUCCUGAAAGCCACGAACUACACUUCCAGAGCUCCUCGGAGCUUCAGGAGUACUUCAAGUCCCCGGACUUCAUCGCUGACGUUCGGACCAAGCUCAAGGAGCAGUAUGAGGUUGAUAUCAAUGUCGACACCGCUUCUGGUCUUCCCACCCCCAAGGAGGAGGGCUCAUCCUCCCCUGAGCCCGCUCCGGAAGAUCGCGUCGUGCUUGGCUACACACGCAACAAUGCUGGUGGCCUUAAAGACGCCAUUGACUUCCUGAUCUCCCGCCUCGUCGCUCACGGCCUCGAUGCCAACACCGUCAAGGGUGCUAUUCCACGCCCCAAAUCGGACUCGUUCGAGGAAUCACUUCCCUUCUUCGACUCGAAGCUGUUGCAGCACGCUCCUGUCCCUCUCGUGACUGACUCUCCCACUCGACCCAGCUUCGCUGACGAGACUAGUGAGCGCGGCUCGAUCUUUGAGCGUCUGCGCAAGCCGGGGAGUAUUUCGUCCUUCUCGUCCUUCAUCGGGCGAAAGAAUCACUCGGCAUCCCCCGGCUCCUUCUUCAAGCAUGCCUCGAGUAACGCCUCGAAGGCCUCGCUUGUCUCGAUGGAGUCGCGGGACAGUGGCUACCGCAAUCCCUGGAAUGACUCCGGGGUGAACCUGCCCGAGGACGAUGUGCCCGUCCUCGGCAGCUCGCACAGCCACAAGAGCAGCAGCAGCAACAAUGGCUGGCCCACGCGCUUCGACACCAAGUUUCCUUUCGGUACGGCGCCCGGCGACAUGACCCCCAAGCAUGACCCGCGCGCCUCUUUUGACAGUGGUCGCCCUAGCACCUCGAAUUCUACUUCUGGAUACCCGGCCCCAAUUGGGCCACCGCGUUAAACCCAAAAUAUCCAUUUACAAGCAGCAGUAUACCCUUUUGGUUGAUUUGAUUUGUUUCCAGCGUGUCUCGGUUUUGAUCUGUCUCUUGUCUUUCGUCUUUGUGUUCGCUUGAUGUUUGUCUCUUUUCUGUCUUUUUGAUGUUUUUGAUUUCAAGUUGAUUGAUACCACGGAAACGCAAGCAAUGAGGGCGCCAGAAAAGAAAAACGAGAGAUAUCCAAGAAAUCUGCGUGAGAUAGAACGGAUUUUCAUCGUUACUGUUUUGUCUUGAUGCUAGUUUUCUUUUUUCAUAUUUUUUGGUCUUAUAAGGAGAGGAAAGAAAAACACACGAUACUCCUUGUUGUUCUUGUUAUUUCCUCUCGAUUUCUUUGAUUAUUCUUUCUCUUCUUCCUGUUUUUUUUCAACUUGUCGCGAUGUCGAUGAUUGCGGGUGUGCAUGGGAGGAACUAGGCGGGUUUGACCGAUGGAGUCUUUCGAAUUCUCAAUCUUUUGGGAUGAUGAUACCCUCGCCGGCAUUGGCCGGUCUGGUUUUCGGCGAUCUCGACUGACUCGGGAGUUACCUUGAUCGAUUUUGGGCUUUUGUGUCGAUUUUUACUCCUUUUGAUAUCCCCAUCAAUGAGACUUGACUUGAGACGAUGAGAUUUCCCUAGAGCUGUUCCCUUACAGCUGGACCCUUA